AUGGGGAGUCAUGGUGCCAAGCUAGUAAGGGGGGGCGGGAGGCUCCGCCGCAGCCCAGUAGCCUCGGGGGAGGUGAUCAUUAACCUCCCCGGAGCCCGCGCGGACUGUGAGGCUGCGCCGCCCGCUGCACCGCCCGGCCCGCUGCCCCCGAAGCUCGCUCCCGCGGGGACCUCCCGCUGCACCGCCGGGCCCGCUGCCCCCGGAGCUCGCUCCCGCGGGGACCUCCCGCUGCACCGCCCGGCCCGCUGCACCGCCGGGCCCGCUGCCCCCGGAGCUCGCUCCCGCGGGGACCUCCCGCUGCACCGCCCGGCCCGCUGCCCCCGGAGCUCGCUCCCGCGGGGACCUCCCGCUGCACCGCCGGGCCCGCUGCCCGCGGAGCUCGCUCCCGCGGGGACCUCCCGCUGCACCGCCCGGCCCGCUGCCCCCGGAGCUCGCUCCCGCGGGGACCUCCCGCUGCACCGCCCGGCCCGCUGCCCCCCGGCCCGCUGCCCCCGGAGCUCGCUCCCGCGGGGACCUCCCGCUGCCCCCCGGCCCGCUGCCCCGGAGCUCGCUCCCGCGGGGACCUCCCGCUGCCCCCCGGCCCGCUGCACCCCGAGCUCGCUCCCGCGGGGACGCGGAAUCAUGAGACUGCGGCAACUCUUCCUUGCGGCUUGUGCUCUCAUGCUGAGUCUCCUUGUCAUCAACGGACAGAGACCAGCUAAUUUGGCAAUGAGAAGAAAAUUGCACAGACACAACUGCCUUCAGAGGAGAUGUAUGCCUCUCCAUUCACGGGUGCCCUUCCCCUGAGAUCUUCUCUAGGUAACCACACCUGGUCUGCCAUAAGAGGAGUGAAGGAAAGAUACCCACCCACACCAUAGUGUGAUUGCUUAGAAGUUCCUGUACAAAAAGGAAUCAUUUGAAAGCAUCUGGGAUGGUUUACUGGUUUUACAGGAUUCUCCCUCGUUUCCCUUCAGAGGGGAAAAUAACAAAUUCAAAAGCAAUUCUCAUCUGAAGCACAAUUAUUUGGUUGCAUAACAAAAAUCUUUUUCUGCACAUUACUAUUCUUAGAGGAUAAAAAGAAAAAUACUUUUUAAUGUCUUAGAACUCUCCGGUAAUAAAAAAUAUAAGAAUUUAAAAUUUU